AUGGGAGACCCGAACAGGACAGUUUCGGCUUCAAGACGACCGAAAGCUAUCGUUCGACUGCUCGAUUUCCAACAAAUUGAGAUAGUUUUACACUCUCGAUUAUCCGUUGAAGAUGUGCUCAGAUUGGUAUCUGAAAAGCUAGAGCUUUCGUUUUCUGAUUCGCAAUAUUUUUGUUUAGGUUUUACGGAUAAUUUAAAUCACUUUCACUGGCUUGAUGGCUCGGUUAUUCUAUACGACCUGGUCGCGUCAACUUCAAAUCCAAAGGGCACGUUGACCUUGUCGCAUCAUGUCAGAUUCUUUGUGAACACGAUUUACGAGGUUCAGUGCGCAUCAACCGCCAAACUUUUCUUUUUCGACAUUCAUAAUCAGCUGACGAGACACGAAUUGCUUGUGGCUAGCGAGGACUACUUUGAACUGGUUGCUAUUCUGGUGUCCGUCUUCGUUCCCGAUUGCCAAGAACACACAAUAUCGGAGGCAAUUUCUCGAGUAAUGCCAUUGUCUCAUCCGCCCUAUAUUCUGCUGAAAACCGAUCAAAGCGAUGUAGAGAAAAAAGUUUUUGAAAAAUUUCGAUAUUACAGGCGGUUACCUGUUGGAACAGGAAUGAUAAGUUUCAUCAAGCUCGCUGAGAAAAGUGAAUCGUAUGGUUAUCGUAUGUACGAAGCUUUGAAUGAAAACAACGACAAAUGUAUUCUAUCAAUUGGAUACAAAGGAAUCUACAUAUAUCGGAGAAGUCGUCAUCAGAAUCUCAUUACUCCGUAUCUAGCAUAUCCAUGGAGAGUCAUAGACAAUUUGUAUUAUCGAGACAAAAAGUUUUCAAUAGAAAUUCGAGAACCAAAAAAGACCGAAAGUAGCGAGAACGUGGCAGAUGAUGUGAUCCUGAUCAAUGACCGUCAGCUGUCGGAAGCCUUCAGCCACCCGACUACCCAAGUAUCGUGUGGUCGCCGUCGUUCAAAUAACCAACAACCACGUGUACUUCUGUUUCCAUUUACAUGCGCAACUCCCCUUGUUUGUCGGACAGUUUGGAUGUCAGCUAUUGCACAACAUCGUUUUUUUCUGGAACGAAAAGAGCUGAAAAAGAAAACACAUCAUUCACGGAACGCUGUCGUCGAUCAUCAAGAGCUUACUGAAAAGCUGAAUCGACUCACCAGCACCAGCUCGUUAGGAUCCAGUUUGCCUUCAUUGAGCUCCCUACACUCCAACUCGUCGAUCGGCACAAUGCCGUCGGCGAAAAUUGGCGACGGAAGUACGUCAAGUCUUCCACCUGUGUUGUCAUCUAACAAGCCAAUAUCAACGCAAACUUCUGAAGUUCCCUCGGAUGCUCAAGAUAUGAAUGAGACACUUCAUAAUAAAUCCGUCGAAGAGUUUCAAAGAGAUCUGGAAAGGUGUGAAGUUUUGAAAGCACGAAAAGCGGAUUUAGAAGCCAGGCUGCGUCAGAAGAUGCAGGAACUGAAAGCUGUUUGCGUUGAAGAAGGAGACAUAACAGGCGAAAUGCCUGUCGAAAUAAACGACGUUGUUCUUCCGGGAGACGAUUUUCCUCGAUUGAAACGACGCGUCGGAACGGCUUAUUCGAUUCCAGAUGAGCUUAUUAAAGCAGAUAAGGCGGACAAAAUGAGUCAAUUGGAAACAGACGUUGAAUUGCAUCGAAGGAUUGUGGCAGCAGCAUCUAGAUUAGCAACAGAUAAAAAUACAAACAAAUCAGUACGAAAGAAGAGACAAAAAGAUCUACAAGCGGCGAGAUUAAGACUAAAUCGACUCGAGCAAGGCCUCCAACAAAUGAGACAUUCAGCAAGCAAACCGGAUAUCAGUAGCCUCACAAGUGAUAGUAGUAAUUCAUGGUCAGCUUCUAAUUCAAGUGGAGCUCUGCUGACAAUGGCAAUGACGAAGAGUUGUCCGACAACACCACGUGGAUCUGUUCCAGAUUUGUCGAGAAAUGAUAUGGGCGAUGAGAAAGACGAGUUUGAUGAAAAUGUUGAAGAUAGAGUGUCGAGGAGAGCUCCAAGUGCGAUUUCUCGUCAUUCCCUGUCUCAGCGGUAUUCCGGAGUAUCUUCCUCAUCAACGAGUUCUGGAUCUGAUUCAAUGGGUCUUGGACUGCCACCACGCCCAACUUCUCGGAAAUCACAACAACAACAGACAACACCAUUCGAAGAUCAGCUCGAUAAUCCAAUGAUGUGUGAUGUUCCUUCAACAAAUCCACUUUACGAAAACGUCGGAUACCGCUCCACUUCAUAUCGAAGCAGUUAUCGGCAAGCACAUUAUCCAACGAUCCAGGAUGAACACACUCAACGAAAACGCGCUCAAUCAGCUCAUUCGAUAAGUACAGAUAAUGGUGCAAACGGAAGAACAUCAACGUAUUCAGUUCCAUUGAACGAUGCAGCCCAGAAAUUCAGAGAUUACGAUUAUGAAGAUGAAGAAGAUUCAACUCCCACUAUGGAUCUCCCUGGACAUCUGGUAAAUGUACGUCGAUUGACUUCUUCUAUUUCGUGUCAAGCUGGAUUCGCAACGGCAAGUUUGGAUCGUCGAUAUGCGAAAACCAACGGAGGAAGGAUGUCAAGUGGAUGCUCUGAUGAUAUCAUUCGACAGAAUGUAACCACUCGAAUCACAACGUUCCCUGUUGCUACGCCAGCAGCUACCGUAAUAUUAUCUGGAAAGCCAUACUCGUCAUCUGAACUUCCACGAUUUCAACCACCUCCCCCUGUGGCCCGUGUCACACAUUUGCCACGUGGAUCUCUGCCGCCGUACACACCUUCACCUUUAGGAAUGCAAUCUCCACAGUCGAACGGAAUUGCUCCACCAAAUGGAAAACUGUCGACUAAUCCUCAAAUGGAAGCACUGUUGUCAUACUACAAACAACAACAACAUCAGUCACAGCCACGUUCCAAUCCGUCGCAACAGCCGAAGACAGCGACGAUCGUUUAG